CACUCUUAUGCACACACACUCUAAAAUACACAUUUCUCUCUCUCACACACAUGCUCUACUUCCACAUACUUACGCAGACUCUCCUUAAAUGGCCGUGGGUGUGUGUGUGUGUGUGUGUGUGUAGCCUGGAGCGUAUAACCAGAGUUCUGAGUCACGCUGGGCUUCAGCUUUAACGGUCUGUGGAGGAAAAGAGAAACACACACACACACACAGACUCACUCACUCACUUCCUCAUUUGUGCCGGGAGCAUCACGAGCGCUUACACAGCACACCGUCAUCUCUGACCAGACUCCCAUCCCCCAACACCACCACCACCACCACUACUCAGCAGCACCAGUGACUCUCUCCUACCCCCACCCCCAUCGCCGUGGCCCACCCAGCACACCAGCACACCACCAGACCCGAUCCCACAUCUCCUCCUCCCGCCUACAGCCAGCCAGUCAUACACCAACCAGCAACCUACAGUAACAGUGGCAUUACUGGUAUUACUGGCAUUACAUUACAUUAGCAUUUAGCAGACGCCUUUGGCCAAAGCGACUUACAAGGAGAAAUUUAAACAAGAACAGGGUAAGGCACAGUGUACAGUUGCAACACUGAUAGCAUUGUCCUACACAGAGUAAAGAAGAAGACGAUGCAUUAAAAAGAACACUCUAACAUCAUCAGUUCCUAACGGCUAAGGGAGAAAAAAAAAUCCCAGAAGUAACUGUUCCCACACACACACAUUCCCAGCAGCAGCAGCAGCAGCAGGAGCAGCAGCAGGUGGACAGUCAGGAACGCAGGAGAGGCACGGAGAGCAAGAGGAGGAGGAGGAGGAAAAGAGAAGAAGGAAGGGAGGGUGGAGCUAGCAGCACAGAUUAGCCGCAUCACCGGGCAGCCCCCACCAAUCGGAAAAGGCAGCUGAGGGGAAGGGGGCGUGGAGGAGAGCCAACGCUGGAGUGCGGGAGCGUUCAGCAGCACGGCACACAGAGGCACAGAGGCAGAGCAUCGCAACACACCGCAUACAAGGAGCAGAAGAACACACGCCACAGAAGACAAGAGAAGUGCGUGUGAGUGUGUGUGUGUGUGUGUGAGCGUCUGUACCCACACCAAAGAGAAAGAGAGAGAGAGAGAGAGAGAAAACGAGUAAGGGGAAAUCUGUGCCAAAGUGAACGACGGAACGACGGACAAAACCGUGUGAGAAUUAAUACACGCUACGCACACAGCGGCGGACUCAGAGGCCCGGAAGAAACGAAGCGACACACGGAGACGGAGGAAGAGAGAAGGGGGAGAGAGAGAGAGAGAGAGAGAGCGUGUGGGAGAGGAAGAGGAGUAGGGGGAAGAGGUGAGUGGACCAAAAACCGAAACGGACCAACACAGGACCAGAUCCUCACCGGACCAGAGCAGAGAACAACCCUGCAACAACUCCUCAACCCACCACCAGCCAGCAUCCUAACCCUUAACCCUCCAACCCACCCUCCACACCUACCUCCGUCCACCCGACCCUACCUACCCCCACCUCACCAGCCAGCCAGCCAGCCCCGCCACCCCACCCCACCCCAACGGAGGAGUUUCAUCCCGGAGCAGUGAGGAGCAUGUGUGAGGGUGGCCUGCGGGGCUUGCCGGCGCGGAGCCUGAGCCUGAGCCUGAGCCUGGGGAAAUGGUGAGAUGCUGCCGGGCCUUGCAGAGCCGGCCCUCCUGCUACAACCUCCACAGGGUCAGGGUUGAUGUGCGCCGCCUGCGGCUGCUGGGCUGCUCCUCGGUGGGGGCGGCCGCCUCGCUCGCGCCCAGCACCGGCGCCCGGGCCGGCGGCGCGGCGGGAGGCUGCGGGGACGCGGUGGGGGCCCGCGCGGGGCCGCAGGGGGGCCACCCUCGCGGCCGCUUCAGGCUGCAGUUCCCCCAGUUGGCCCUGCGGCGGCGCCUGGGCCUGCUGAGCUGCAUGUCCCGUCGGGGGGUGCGGCUACGCUCGUGGCCCCUGGCGUUCCUCUACUACAUCCUGCCCCUCGCCACACUCAAGCCCCUGGCCAAGGUGGGCUGGCGCCCCACCAGUAGGGUCGCGCUCUACAAGACCAUCCCGACGCGGCUGCUGUCUCGCGCGUGGGGCCGUCUGAACCAGGUGGACCUGCCCACGUGGCUGCGGAAGCCUAUCUUCAGCCUCUACAUCUGGACGUUUGGCGUCAACAUGAAGGAGGCGGCCGUGGAGGACCUGCACUUCUACCGUAACCUCGGAGAGUUCUUCAGACGCAAGCUCAAGCCACAGGCCCGGCCCGUCUGCGACUCGCACUGCAUCAUCAGCCCGGCGGAUGGUAAGAUCCUGCACUUUGGCCGCGUGAAGAACUGUGAAGUGGAGCAGGUGAAGGGAGUGACCUACUCUCUGGAGACCUUCCUGGGGCCACAGACCUGGACAGAGACCAUCGCCCUCAACAGAAAUGAGGAUGAUGACCCGUCUAACUUCCAGGACCUGCUGGUGACUAAGGAGGGUAAUGCCCUGUUCCACUGCGUGGUGUAUCUGGCACCUGGGGACUACCACUGCUUCCACUCCCCCACCGACUGGAGAGUAGCACACAGACGGCACUUCCCAGGCUCGUUGAUGUCGGUGAACCCGGGCGUAGCGCGCUGGAUCAAGGAGCUGUUCUGCCACAACGAGAGGGUGGUGCUGAGCGGGGAGUGGGCACACGGCUUCUUCUCCCUCACCGCCGUAGGGGCCACCAACGUCGGAUCCAUACGCAUCUACUUCGACAAGGAGCUGCGCACCAACCUGCCGCGUUACAGCAAGGGCUCCUUUAACGACUUCAGCUACGUGUCCAACAACAACGCGGAGGGCAUCAGCAUGCGCAAGGGCGAGCACCUGGGGGAGUUCAACCUGGGCUCCACCAUCGUGCUGCUCUUUGAGGCGCCCAAGGACUUCACCUUUGACCUCCGGGCGGGCCAGAAGAUCCGCUACGGUGAGCCCCUGGGCACCAUGUGACGCUGAUCGACGAUGACGCUCGACGCUCGUCUUGUCGCCUCGAUGGAAGUGUCAGCUGAUCACCUGGAUUGGGGCGUGGUGGUGGGGGGCGGGGCCACAAGAUUUGACCACCCCCACCCUAUGCAACGUGCCACAGAUGGACAGAGCCACCUGAAUGACCAAGUGGGAGGGACACUGAAAUAUGUGUGUGUGGGUGUGUGUUCGGGACUGACAAUAGAGAGAUUA